CUCUGUCUUCAUUGGAACUUUUUGUUCUUUCUUCCCUUCUCCUCCUUGGAGCUCAGGGUUGUUUUAAGUGCUGGACUUGCGAGGCUAAACAAAACCAGUUAAGCAGUGGGAUGAUGAUGAUUGGUGGGAGUGGAAGCAGAAGCAGAUAUCCCUUCACAGAAUCUCAAUGGCAAGAGCUGGAGCAGCAGGCCCUCAUCUUCAAAUACUUGGCCAGGGGCAUCCCCAUACCUAAUGAUCUCAUCCUUCCCAUCAGGAGAAGCCUCCUGUUGGAUUCCCCCACACUUGGUUUUCCUCAUCCUCCGAUUGGGUGGGGGUGCUUCCAGAUGGGUUAUGGGAGGAAAAUAGAGGACCCAGAGCCAGGGAGGUGCAGGAGAACUGAUGGAAAGAAGUGGAGGUGCUCCAAAGAGGCCUACCCGGACUCCAAGUAUUGUGAGAGGCAUAUGCACAGAGGCAAGAGAAGUUCAAGAAAGCAUGUGGAGUUGUCUCUAGCCUCCAAUCCAACAUCUUCGCACCUUUCCUCUCCAUAUUCCCCUCUUCUUUCCUUGUCACCGCCUGAGGCCCACCAUGUUCCUUUCCCCUGUUCAUCCUCUUCAGGUUCUCCUAGUAUUGGGUUUUCAACCCAGAAUAGCAUUCCCUAUUCUCAUCUAGACACUGCAUGCCUCUCAGCUGAUACCAGCAACAGGGAGUUUUAUGGACUCAAGAAGGAUGUAAAUGAAUACAAUUUCUUCUCAGAAGCCUAUGAGGCUGAAAGGGAGGGGAAAUUUAGGCCACUGGGGUUGACCUCCAAGAAUGAGCUUCGACAGAGCUCGGAUCAUAAUAUGAUUACUAACUCUAACUUGGCCGUUGCUUUGGCUUCUGAGGAUAUCAAGGUUGUGGGGUUGGAGGACUCCCAGAAGCCGAAACCUUUCCACUGUUUCUUUGAUGACUGGCCACAGAGAGGCAAGGGACCAUGCAUAAGUAUGGAGGAGGACAGGUCGAAACAAGCAUCGUACUCGAAUACCCAGCUCUCAAUUUCCAGUUCUCUCUAUCACAAUGAUGGUUGAAUUAUGAUGAUGAGCUUACUAUUCUAAGAGAAAUGAUCAAAGUUCCAUGGAACUCUGUCAAAUUGCUGUCCAUAUGUUUGUGCUCUCCUUCCUCUUCUCCUUCUCUUCCCCUGGUGUGUUUCAAUAAAUAACAAGCAGUCUUCGAGGUCAAGAACUGUUUUGUUUUGCUGUGGUGAUGGAUGUUCUGGGGUACUCUAUGCUCUAUUUCUGUACCACCGCUGGUGGAUAUACCCCAAAGAGAAUUGGGAUUUGGGAAUGCUAGCUAUAUCUCUCCACUAAUUAGCUUCAGCUUUGGCUGCAAUGCUUUAAAGACUGCUAAAGAAGAAUAACGGAACUAUUUCCAACCACCAUGUACAGUUGGAAAAAGAGUUCAUAUCAGUAUUUGCAACCAAAUUUAGUCACUUGCUCUGGGGGUCUUUGGCACUUUUUCGGAUGUCUUUCCCACUUUUUCACUUGCAAUUACC